AUGCGUACUCGCUCGCAGCCGCUCUCGCCUGGCGGUCUCGUCGCUCUUGAAUCCGAACCUCGUCGGACGAGAUCUACUAGAACUGCAACUCUCAGACAGGGUAGUGCCGAACCUGCAUCACAACCAACCGCUCGAUCGACGAGAAGCGCGAGCCUUAGACAGCCCAGUGCUGAACCUGCAUCACAACCUGCUACUCGAUCUACCAGGAGUGCGAGCCUUAGACAGCCCAGUGCUGAGCCUGCAACAGAGUCUAGUACUCGAUCCACCAGAAGGGCACGCGCCAGACAGUCUAGCGCCGAGCCUUCUACACAGACCACCUCCCGCUCCCGUAGUCGACGUGCCGGCAAUGGCGUAAUAGCAUCUAUAGAGGAAGCUCCGACGACUCAGACUCGAACCAGGAAGACCUCGACUCGUCGAUCGACGCGACAGCCUACUCGGAAAACGUCUGAUGAUGAAACCGAACCGAUCGAUGCCGAACAAGCGUCCCAGCCUGAAUCCGUCGUCGAGGAAACGAGCGCCGCACAGGAACCCCCCGAAACUCAGGACUCCGAGCCCAUCCGUUCGAUUGGUGAACAUGCUUUGUCUGAGCCUAAAGCAUCGGACAGUGAGUUGUCCUUCAUUCCUUUCCCUGAAGCAGUUGUUCCUGGGUCCUACCCUGAGCCCUGGCCCUCCCCACCACCUCUCUCCCCCUCACCCCCUUUCCCACAUGUUCCACUGCAAUCCUCGCCGUCACGCCCGGACACGGAAUUCCCGCAUAGGAGCCGAGCCGCGGCACCCUCUCCCGAGGCCCCAUCUCCGCAGGGAGCGGAAUCGUCGAAAACUUUCGUCGAAGAUGUUUCCGGUGCUCCUGUAGAUACCUGGUAUCUGGAUCCGCUCGAGGACAUAAGCGACAUUGGGUCGCCCCUUUCGGAACGGUCUCACACACCGGACCUCGAGAUGGAGGAUUCUCCCCCUCUCGGGUUCGUGCUUAACGAGUCUCUUCUGGCAGACAUUGAUGACUGCCUCGCUUGCCACAAGCAAGUGGAGUUGGCUGCAGCGCACAAUGCUGCCAGAGAUGACUCGGACAGCAUCAUGGCCGACGAAUGUGGAUCCGGUGCAAAUGUCGUCUUGUUGUCCUCUGAGGAGUACAACACCCAGCCACCUGCCGUGACGGAGGCCUCAACUGGGUCAACGAUCGCUGCGCGGUUGUUCCUCGUGGCCAUGGAAGGGAUAGAGUUCGAGGAAGAGCGAUACUGCCGUUCGCCGAUGUCGGUCUGCGGUCAGUGCUCUUCGGAACUCGAUGAUUCCCCCAUGGUCAUUGAGGAACACACCGCCCCAAUCGACGUGUCGUGGAUCUCCUCAGGUGAAUCUUCUCGCGAAGGUUCCCUGUCUCCUCUGUCCCCUGUCGAUCGCGACGAGGAGGUCCCGAUUCCGUCGAUUGUUGCGGCUGUGUCGUCGUCAAUUGACAACGAGGUUGCUGCCCUGAUCCAGAUUUUCUCUGGAUUGUGCUUGGCGGAUACAGCCUACGACGACACGCCGGCAGCAUCCGCGACUCCGUUGCUGUGCUCUAUGCCGGCAUCAACGGGUCAAGUCCAGCAGGACGCGACCUUCGAUGUCCCGACUGAGUCGGGUGCGACGUCCACCUUUAAUGAUGGGCGGUUGGUGUCGGCGAAGGUGUCCGAGUUGAUCCCGGGCCCUUCGCAAUCCCGUCCGGCGGCCGCGGAAGUUGACAAGUCACGUCAAGUUAGCCGUUCCGCGAGGAAGGAUUCCGCGCGAUGGGCGCGUGUGGCUCUCUCUCCGAUUCCAGAGGAAUCGGAGGUGAUGAGCCCCCGCUCAGGCUUGGGUGUUGGUGCCAUCAAAGAGAGCGUCGACUCACCAUCGUUGUCUCUCUCGGCUACUCCUUACCUGCUGGAGUUGUUGGGUUGUCGGAGAGUCCAGGCGGAGGCCCAGGAACCCGCCCAGGAACCCGCCAAGGAGCCCGCCAAGGAGGAAACGAGGCUAACACCUCGGAAAGUGAACAGAAAACGUCCCCGUGACGACGGGGUCGAAACCCCGUCGUCCAACAAGCGGCGGAACGUGGGACCCCCCGGAAGCACCCCCUUUGCGCGCCGCAUGACUCCGCUGUCCCGGCGGAUCACGUACAACGCUGCCCCCUACUCCGAGCGGCUUCGGCGGCGGACGAUCGAGAACCAAGGCCGGAUUCACAAGACGGUCUUCCGCCUCCCCCAGCUGCUCGCUCAGAACGAAGCCGACCGCCGGGCAGCGGAGUCAACCCCCGUCCAGCCGUGCCCGGAGCCUCUCCAGAUGAACACCGAAUCUACCGAGAAGCAGAGUAAGCCAGACAAUCAGGAUCCAUCAGAUGAGUCUGCCACGGCCCAGCCUCCUUCUACCCCUCAGGCAAGUGGUUGGAACAUUCGCGGACUGAUCAACUCCGUGCCUCGUUCCUUCUCCCGUUUGCUUCCAAGAUUUGGUCGGUCCUCUCAGACGUCUGAAGCUCCAGUUGCAGCGCCGUCGCCCACCCCACAAUUGCCUUCAGAGCCGUCUUCGCGACCAUUGUCCCAGGAGCCUCCAGUCUCAUCCUCCCAGCCGUUGCCAGAGCGUCCUUCUCACACCAAGGUUGUCGACUCGAAUCAGAAUGCUACCCAGAGUGAUAAACGCUCUCGCCGUCGCUUGAGUGAGCAGCCGCCGAGCAAACGCCAGCGCACCUUGUCCUACUCCCUCUUCCCGGCUCCGAUUGACCGUGCUCGCUUCCUUGGAGAUCUGACUACUACUCCUAAGAAAACCUCCCAGGCCAUUCAGGCAGAAUCACGUCUCGAUGAAGCAGAGAAGCCGUCUGGGGCACAGGACCAACCUCCAUCGACCUCUCAGGCGACAGAUGUCAGUGAACAGCGGGCCUUGCCUCAGACGACUGAGGACGCCACUCAAAAGAAGCGCAAGCGGUCCCCCUCGCCUGAUGUCAUUCCCAAUCCGGCCGGAUGCAGCUAUGGAUUGGACCUGGAUUAUUUCUGCUAUAGCUCUGACAGCGAAGAGGAAGCCGAUGUCCAACCCCAGCAGGCUGUACCUCCUACAAAAGCCGAUGCUCUAGUCAAAUCUGCCGUUCGCAGUGCUAUGCGGUCGGAACAAGGGCCAUCGAAAAGGGUGCGUUUCGAUGCCAGCCCCGAGGAUACUCCUUCUAAACUUCGCACGCGUCCUCGUGCCACGGAUCCCUAUACGGGAAGACACUUUAUCGGCAUGGGCGAUGCUGCUCGAGUUACAGCGCCUGGUUCCCCUGCCGCUGCGCCCGCAACGCCAAAUCCCGCUGCUCGCGUCGAUUUCUCUACUCCUCAGCGGUCUCCGGGUUUCAUUCCCAACAAACAAGGCACGUUCCAGCUGGAUUACGAUGCUUUCUCUGAUGAUACAGAGUCGAGCGGCGCGCCUUCUCCAAAAACCCCCGCGGCCAAGUCUGUCUCUGAGACUCAAACCACCGCUACCAGUACAGAAGUACAAGAAAGUGUACAGUCGCCUGCUCCACGUCCCACUCCACGCCAAGCGUUGCCUCCGUCUACCCCAGCCAGAGUUGAUCAGGAAGCUCUCGCCAGAGUCCGUUCUCAGGCCGAAAAGUACAAACCCAAAACACCUAGUGGGCUCCGCACUGCUAGUCGUUACUCAAGUCCUCUAACCGCUUCGCCUGUUGUCAAUCAACAACCACCUGUCGAGACUUUCGGCGACGAUGAUCAAUUCGCUCGUGAUGCUCAAUGGCUCUAUGAGCAAUGCUCAACUGGAGAUCUCCAGCAGCUUAAAUGGCCGGAACCGAAUACUCUUCAGAAGAGCUUGGGUGUUGAUGAUGAGAUCGUGCGGCUCGUCGCCAGCGUGUGGGACGCAUCUGCUGUGGACGAAGUUCACCGUGCUUUCCAUCAAAGUUUGGAGGAAUUUACGAAAGCUCAAACCUAG